AGUGUCUUUCUUGUUGGACGAGGAAGCGGACGGACGGCGGGCACACAUCGCUCUCUGAGGAAUGAACUGUGCUGGCGUUUCCACUCACGCGGCUCUCUGCUCUUGCCAAUUCGCCAACUUCUGCGAAAAGCAACACACCCUUCUCUUUCGCCCUUACCUAACCUGAUGAGAAAAAAUGCUGAACGAGUGCGAGAAGCGAAAUGCAGAGAGACUCCGUUACAGGGGUAUGUACAACCAGGAGCGCGGCGCCGACGUCGAGUUCGAGGUGGGCUUCGAGGGGCAGACGUGGCGGCUGACGGCCCACAGCCACGUCGUGGCCAAGAGCAGUCCCGUCCUCAAGUCCAUGCUCUCCGGCGCCUUCCAGAGGGACAAGAGCACGCCGCUCCCCAUCAGGGACACCGAGCCCAGGGCCUUCGAGUCCCUUCUCAGGUAUUGCUACGGCCACGCGCCGGAGUUCAAGAAUGUGUCCACGGCGCUGUCCACCUUCCACGUGGCGCACAUGUACCUUUGUCCCGGCCUGGAGUGGGAAGUGGCCGCCUUUUUGAACGAGCACGUGCAAACGAGACCUGAAUGUGCUCUUGAAGUCUUCUUGGCUGCCGGUUUCUAUUGUGAGACGAAUGAAAUUUUCGAGCCGUCAGCGCCUCCGGCGUACGAGCUUGUGAUGAGUGGCGAGUCUGAGAGCUCCAGUCUGAUCAACGGUCCACAUACCCUGAGCGACGAGCAAGUUGGAACCUCCGAUGGCUCGACUCCCGACUGCAAAAUGUUCAUGGGCGAAGCCAGCAGACGACUCAGGCACAACUGCUUACAAACCAUGGACCAGUUCGCGAACGAGAUCCUCGCACUUGAACAGUUUGAAGAUUUGGAUCUGGAAUCGCUGUUGGCCGUGAUCAGCAGGGACACAUUUGCCGUGUCCUCCGAGUUGGCUCUGCUGAACGCCGUCGAGAGGUGGGCGGAGUGCGAGUGUCGACGCCAAAAACUGUCGCACACCGCGGAAAACUUGCAGGACGUGGUCGGUGGCUCUGGUGUCAUUUGCAGCGGAAGGGUUGCACGCCUGCUUCUGCUCAGCACCCAGGAAUUCGCGGAAGGACCAAUGGGUUUGGUUUGCAGGAGUCCGUUGUUGAACGAUGCAGAGCAGAAGUUGUUCCUGCUGUACCUGCUGGGCAACGGCGGUGCGGACCAGGAGGAGCUGGACACUUUGGGCUACAUCAACUGGGCGCAGCUGUCGCGGUCGCGGGAGGCGUCGACGCCUCAAUACCUGCCGAUCGCGACGCAGCAGUACCCUGGCAGGUGCGCGAUCAGACCGUGCAAGUCGCGCAAGCCGAAAGGUUGCUGGCGGUGGUUCUCGCGCAAACAGCCCGACAGAAAUAACAAGAAGCAGCACCAGCACCAGCAGCAGCCGGCGUCCCUCAGGAAAAAGGACGAGCAAAUUGGCAAGUCGGAAAAGCCGCUGUGCUACUCGAAAACAUGUGAUUGUAUGUUAACCGUUAUCGCCUGCCUCUUCGACUGAAGAGAGAGAAAACACCGUUCUGGUUCUGGACCCUGGUUUCGAUCUCUUUUUUACGAUUUCGUGGAGAGUCACAUUUGGAUUUCCGAAGAUUUGGCCAAAUUUUCUGCUAAUCUGUGCACAAAUUUUUUUAAAGAAAGAGAAUUUCACUCUCUAAAUUGUAUAAAUUGACGCUCCCGUGAUUUUCGACUGCGAAAAUUAUGAGGAACUUGAUUAAAUUAAAUUUAAACUCUCCAGAAGUUUCUCUAGAAAAGAAAAACUCGGCGACCAUGACAAAAAUAUACUGCCUGGUGCCAUUUUUUAUGCUCUCGUCAGGAUCGGUGCGAAAUAAGAAAUUACUUACUAUGACGACGAGCAAUUUCGAAGAUGCACAACCCGCUAGACACGCAAAUUCCUUUCAUCGAGAGCUUUCUUUUAUUUUAUAGUAGCAUAUAAAAUUUAUUAACUCGUUACUGUGAAAUAGCCGUUGUUGAAACCCUAUUCGUAUAUAUUGUUCCUAUAUGUAGAGUAAUUACAGCCUCUUUUUACUGUCCAAAGAUUUGUUGCACACACAGCUGGAGAGAAGCCUCAUCAGUUGACUUGCAAGGCUUGUUUGUGUGUCUUUCUAUGUACACCUGGCAUUAAAAAAUGUUUUCGAGAGAGAGGCUACAUAUAUGCUAGUCAGAUUGUUUGAAAAGUUGCCCCCUAGCCAAAGCACUCAAAUUGUUCAAGGUUUAUACUAAAGAACGUUAAUCGCAACCGCACCAAACCAUAAAAUAUGUUGUAACCGAACUCAGUAAGAGCAGUUUGUUGUAUUUCGUAGAGCCACGCUUCUUGGAAAAUAAUUUACGAGGGAUCCUCGUUUUGUUCUGAUUUUUUUUUACUGAGAGCAUGGAUCAGUUAAAAUUUUUAAUUUUAACAUCUUGUACGGAAAACUAAGAAAACAAAUUUUGUAGAGAAUUUGAAAUGAGUCCAAAAAUUAUAAUAUUGUUUUAUUGAUUUUAAUUUUAUCUUUAAAUAUUUUUUUUAAAUUUAAUUUUUAAAACAUUGUCUUGGACAAACAAAAAUUUAUCACUUUGUUUUUAAACUUGUGAGAAAAAUUUUAUUUUAAGUUUUUUUUUGUGUUUUAAAUAUUUAAUAAAUUAAAAAAUUAUAGUUUUAAAUAUUGUCCAUCAAAUUAACAAUUAAAUUAAAUUUCUGAAGCGUACAUCAGGAUGAUUUCAAUUUGGCACCUUCUGAUAUAGCUGAAAAUUAUUAAACCUCACAAACAGGAACAGAUCAAAUAUCAUAAUUGCCAUAAUUGUAGCUUAAACCAAUUCACCGGUUGUAUAAGCCGUUAGUGUUCGAAGCCGCCAAGAGAUGGCACCACUGUAUAUUUUAGAAAUACAAUUUAUUUUAAGGAACUUCCGCUGCGAAUUCAGACUGAAAUCUGCCACUGUACAUUCUUCACUUAUUAUUAUUUCUUUUGACGUGCUGAAAAUCAAAACCAAUCCAGCCAUUCACCGUAGAAUCGUUGGAAAAGAUUUUUUAGUUUCAAAAAAUAGUUUUUCACAAUUCUACGCCGAUUGGCUGAACCAAUUUUGGUUUUCAGCACGUCAAAAGAAAAAAAAAAUAAGUGAAAAAUGCGCAGUGACAGGAUUGAGUCUGAAAUCGCAGCGAAAAGACCUUAAAAUUAUAUUUAUUAUGAACUUAUACAGUGGCGCCAUCUGUUACCGGCUUUAAACACCAAGGGCUCGUACAAUUGGUUGAUUUAAAUUUAUUUUCGAUAAUUUUCUGCUGAUAUAUUCACGUCUAAAGAAAACAACGAAUUUAAAAUCAGAACAAAACACGGAUUCCCUUGUCAGCUCUCAGAUAGUUCAAAUUUUAAGAUUGUUGAGGUGCUCGCUACACCUAAAAACUGUUUUCUCCACCAAAAUUAACAUCCCCUUUUCUACUUUUGUACAAACUAAAAAUUUCUACGCCAAAAGAGUGCCUGUUGAAUGUGAAGAAUGAAAUAUCACAUGUUCAUAUAGGCCUAUAUUCCCUUUUACUGAUUCUUUUCACCCCAUAGUUCCUCCUGAUAUAUAGAAGUUGUACUUAAAAUGUAAUCUGUGCUUUAAGAAAAGCCAUUCCUGUGGAUUGGUUCCAAAAUACAUAUAAUUGUGUCCUCUGCGCAGGGCUCAGAGAAGCUUAUUAAUUGUGGCUGUUAUGUCAAACAGGACACGCAAAAGCACGAAGCGCGUCACCUGCCAAUUUUGUUGCAUUUAUUAAUACCGCGAAUUUAUCAAUGUCUUGUGUAGAAGCAUAAGAUCAUGAAAUAAAAUUAGAUAAAAAU